AUGGGACUUGGAUGGAACCGGGAUGCCGAGAUCCGGAUCUGGUUUCGCGUCCCCGCCCCGAGCGGGACCCCCCAGGACCCCAAAAUCAGAGCCACCUUUAGGAUUUGGGUGGCUGGGGACACUCGGGGGUGUCCCCAGGACCUCGGGGGUCCCCCCGGGGUGACGCCGGCCGCCCUCGCAGGGGUGGCCCGCGCCACCUUCACGGUGUCGGCCUGGCCUCGGGUGGCCGUGGUGGCCUUCGGCGGCUCGGCGUCGGUGAACUGCAGCCGCGGCGCCUGCCCUGGGGACAACGCCACCCUGGCCUUGGUGACACCGCUGGACGUCACCGCCGGGCCCGGGGGGCGGCGCUGGCAGAGCUUCAGCCUCCGGAACGUGUCCCAGUGGAGGCCCGGGGACGUCACCUGCACCGGGCGCUGCGGUGACAGCGAGGCCACGGCCAGCGUCGGGGUGCUGGUGUACAAGCUCCCCGACCUGGUGGCUCUGGACCCGGUGCCACCGCCCUGUCCCACCCCAGUGCCACUCCCUGUCCCCACCCAGAGCUCCCCGACCUGGUGGCUCUGGACCCGGUGCCCCCGGCCGCCGUCGGCGACGGACCCGCACCCUGACACGCUGCGGACGGCGGGCUUCGGCGAGGCCGAGGGCAGCGCCAGCGUGGCCGUGGGCCACCCGCUGACCCUGGGCCGCGCCGACCACGGCCAGCGCGUCACCUGCCACGCCGAGCUGUCCCUGCGCCCCCACGGGCCGCUCUUCGCCCGCGCCGCCGCGCCCCUCACGCUCUCCGUCUUCGCUCUCCCGGAGCCCCCCGAUCUCCAGGCCCCGGCCACGCUGGAGGUGGGCACGGUCGCCAACGUCACCUGCCGCGUCACCGGCGCCUUCCCGGCGGGGGACACGCGCCUCAGCGCCGCGCUGGACCGGCGGCCGCUGGCCCUGGCGGCCCCGGCGGUGGCCGGGGACACGGUGACGGCCAGCGGCCGGCUGUCGGCGCCCGGCCCCGGCCGCAGGGAGCUGAGCUGCACGGCCGCCGUGGGCGCGGCGACGCGGACGGCGAGGAGGGAGAUCCACGCCUACCGUUUCCCGCCGCCCACCCUGGAGCUCAGCCCGUCCACGGCCCGCGCCGGCGGCCAGGUGACGGUGACGUGCCGCGCCGGCUCCUCCGACCCUCCGGCGUCCCGGCUGCAGCUGCUGGACUCGGCCGGCGCCGUCCUGGCCCAGGGCCCCCGGCCCCGGCUGCGGCUGCGGCUGGCGGCGCGGCGGCACCACGACGGGCGCCGGUUCCGCUGCCGCGCCAGCCUGCGGCUCGGCGACGCCGCCGUCGCCAAGGAGGCCUCGGCGCGGCUGGCGGUGCUCUACCUCCCGGAGAUUCCGGCGGGAGGCUGCCCCGGCCGCCGCACGUGGCUGCGCGGGGCGAGGGAAGCGCUGUGGUGCCGCGCCACCGGGAACCCGGCGCCCACGGUGGUGUGCGGGCGCAGCGGCGGCGGCGGCGGCGCCGAGGUCCCCGCGGAGCCGCGGCCCGUGACCAGGGCCCGCGCCGGAGCCUACGUGUGCAACGCCACCAACGCGCUGGGGACGCGCAGCCGGAGGGUCAUCGUGCGCGUGGAGUGUGAGAGGGGACGGCGAGGGGACGGUGGGCCGCGAGGGGGACACCCACGGGGGGACACCCACGAGGGGGACACCCACGGGAGUGACAUCCGCCACGGGGACACCCACGGGAGUGACAUCCAUGAGAGUGACAUCCAUGAGAGUGACAUCCGCCACGGGGACACCCACGGGAGUGACACCCAUGAUGGGGACACCCACGACAGUGACAUCCAUGAGAGUGACACCCGAGAUGGGGACACCCACGGGAGUGACAUCCACGGGAGUGACAUCCGCCACGGGGACAUCCGAGAUGGGGACACCCAUGAGAGUGACAUCCAUGAGAGUGCCACCCACCACGGGGACAUCCACAGGAGUGACACCCACCACAGGGACACCCACGGGAGUGACACCCAUGAUGGGGACACCCACGACAGUGACAUCCAUGAGAGUGACAUCCGCCACGGGGACACCCAUGAGGGGGACACCCACGGGAGUGACAUCCACAGGAGUGACACCCACCACAGGGACACCCACGGGAGUGACACCCACCAUGGGGACACCCACGACAGUGACAUCCACUACGGGGACACCCAUGACAGGGACACCCAGCACGAGGACACCCGCCAUAGUGACACCCGUGACAGUGACACCCGUGGCGGUGACACCCACCACGGUGACAGUCACGAUGGUGACACCCACCAUGGUGGCACCUACGACAGUGACACCCAGCACGGUGACAGUCACCACAAUGACACCCAGCACGGUGACACCCACGGUGGUGGCACUCACGACGGUGACACCCACCACAAUGACACCCGCCGCGGAGGGGACACCGGUGGUGGCCGCGUUGUCACCCGGGCCGACGGCGGCCGCUACGUGUGCAGGGCCACCAACAAGCACGGGGUGGCCGUGAGGAGCGUCCUUGUCACCGUGGAGUACCAGCCCCGCAUCGCCGAGCGCGGCUGCCCCGCGCGGCGCCUGUGGCUGGAGGGCUCCGAGGCCGAGCUGAGCUGCGCCGCCAGCGGGAACCCGCGGCCCCGCGUCACCUGCCGCAAGCUGGGCCCAGGGCCACCCCGGGACGUGCCCGGGCCGCGCGGGGCCACCGUCACCCGGGGACACGCGGGCACCUACCAGUGCCGGGCCACCAACGCGCACGGCACGGCCACGCGCAACGUCAGCGUGGCCGUGGAGUACGGCCCCGGCGGCGUCGCCCUGCGCGUCCUCCCGUCGGCGGCGGUGCCCCGCGGCGGCGCCUUCACCGUGUCCUGCGGCGCCGAGGGGCUCCCGGCGCCCGCCUUCAGCUGGGCGCUGCCGCCGGCGCCCAACCUGCGCCUGGCUGCCGACAACCGCUCGGUGACCGUCACCGGCGCCACGGCGGCCAACGGCGGCCUCUACACCUGCACGGCCAGCAACCGGCACGGCCGGCGAGCCGGGAGCGUGGCGGUCAGCGUGGACGAGAGCCGUCCGGCGGCGUUGGCGGCGGCGUUGGCGGCCUUGGGCGGCGCGGCGGCGUUGGCCUUGGCGGCGGCCGGCGGCUACUACCUGAAGAGCACGGCGUGCAAGAAGGGCGAGUACAACGUGCGCGACGCCGAGGGCUCCUCCGAGGCCGCCCGGCUGCACCGGAACCGCCGCGAGGAGGUUUUCGGCAUCCAGCUCACGCAGCCGUGACCGGGGACGCGCCGAAACCUCGGGUGUGGUCGAUUUUGGGGUGUUUUUUUGAUGUUUUGGGUGUUUUUUGGGGGUCGGAAUCGCCAUAAUGUCAAGGACUCCUCCAAAGUUGCCCGUUGGCACCGGCACAACCGGGGUGAGGUUUUCGGCAUUCAGCUCACGCAGCUGUGACCAGAACACGUUGAGGACACCCCAAAACCUUGGGUCUGGCCAGGUUUGGGUGAUUUUGGGUGGUUUUGGGUGGGUUUUUUGGGGUUGGAAUCUCAAGGACUCCUCCAAAGUUGCCCGUUGGCACCGGCACAACUGGGAGGAGGUUUUCGGCAUCCAGCUCAUGCAGCCGUGACCGGGGACGCGCCAAAACCUCGGGUGUGGCCGGUUUUUGGGUGGUUUUUGGAUGUUUUGGGGUGUUUUUUUUGGGGUCGGAAUUGCCAUAAUGUCAAGGACUCCUCCAAAGUUGGCCGUUGGCACUGGCACAACCCGGGACGAGGGUUUUUGGCAUCCAGCUCACACAGCCGUGACCAAGACACGUUGAGGACACCCCAAAACCUUGGGUCUGGCCGGUUUUGGGUGAUUUUUGGGUGAUUUUGGGUGGGUUUUUUGGGGUUUGGAAUCUCAAGGAUUCAUCUAAAUCGCCCAUUGGCACCGGAACCGCCGCGAGGAGGUUUUCGGCAUCCAGCUCACGCAGCCGUGACCGGGGACACCCCAAAACCUCGGGUGUGGUCGAUUUUGGGUGGUUUUGGGGUGUUUUUUUUUGGGGGUCGGAAUUGCCAUAAUGUCAAGGACUCCUCCAAAGUUGCCCGUUGGCACCGGCGAGACUGGGACAAGGUUUUUGGCAUCCAGCUCAUCCAACCAUGAUCAGGACACGUUGAGGACACCCCAAAACCUCGGGUGUGGUCGGUUUUGGGGUGGCUUUGGGGUUGGAAUUGCCAUGAAGGAUUUUUUUGGAGCACUUAAAGGAUUUUGGGGAGGAUUUGAAGGAUUUUUUGGGGGAGGAUUCGAAGGAUUUCGGGGGGAUUUGAAGGAUUUUUUUGGAGCACUUAAGGGAUUUUGGGGAGGGUUUGAAGGAUUUUUUGGGGAGGGUUUGAAGGAUUUUUUUUGGGGAGCAUUUGAAGGAUUUUGGGGAGCAUUUGAAGGAUUUUUUGGGGAGCGUUUGAAGGAUUUUUGGGGAGGAUUUGAAGGAUUUGGGGGAGGGUUUGAAGGAUUUUUUUGGGAGCAUUUGAAGGAUUUUGGGGCCGCGCCGAGCGCGGCACAGCCACAAACUCAGGGCUGGGUGCUCCGGGCUGGGGUCGCGCUGGCUCCUCCCGGGGGGAUGAACCCAAUAAACGAUCCCGUUCCGACGGGGCAAAUCCCA